AUGGUGAAAAUGAAGCUACACAAGCGCAGAUUUAAUGGUGGCGGUGUUGAAGAGUACAGUGCGAUUGAGGAUGGAUUGGGUGUUGCUUUACAGUGUUUUGACGAUAUGCAAGCUAAAUAUCAUAAAGAAAAUGGCGCUAUUCGUGAUAAAUUCUGUAUCUUGGUCUGCAAUUCUUCGCCAUGUGGUAUUCCGAGUUCGGCUUGUUAUCAAUAUUGCGGAUACAGUUGUGAAAGAAUAGCUGAGUUAAUUGGAUCUAGUAUUAUCGAGGAUUUGCACGUUAUGCCAUCACAGGAUUAUGCAACAAGUCCUCAUCAUUUAGUCUUAUUAAAAGGCUUCAAGCUAGCAACGAAAGAACGUUCUGAACCAAAGACCACUGUUGAACCUAAACCUCAACCUGUCGUCACUAAUGGUACCAAGGAACAUCGAACUGUUAAUGAUGCCACCGCCAAUACCAGAAAUUUUAUCCCUCCGAGUACAAGUAUUAAUUCACCUCCAAAAAAUACUCCAGUUGUUGUCACAGCUGCUUCAGAAACGAUAAUGCCCCCUGUACGUCCAUCUGUAACUAAUGCAGUUCCUAUGGUUGCACCAGUUUCACUUGUAACACCACCGCAAACUGCAUUUAAUCCAACUCCUCGUGAUAUCCCACCAGUCAAGGUUGCAAAUAGGGAUAAGCCUAACAGCAAUGAAGCGAUACCAGAAAUUAGAAAAGACAACACUUCUAGAUCAUACCCACAUACUAACCCGUCUACUACAAAGGCGAGUCUCGAAAUUACUAACCGAUUUCCUAAUACUAAUCCAACUGUACCACCAAAUGUUAGACAUCCGCAACCGAAUGUUAACGUCCAACGGCAUUUAAUAUGGUCCGGUCUAUUAUCUUGGGAAAGACACAAUAAUAAGGUUGAUCGAAGAUCGGGAGAAACACUUAGUGUUAAUGGUUAUGCGUAUUCCAAUGAAAAUAUACGUGGCGAAGAUUGGCCUAGGCAACUAAUAUUACGUUUCGUUCCUGGUAAUCUUCUGGCGGAAAUGAUGCCUCUUUUGCGCAAAUCAAUUCAAAUCUUAUUUCACAUAUCUAUGACCGAUAACAAUACAAAAAACUUAAUUCAAACUCUUACGCAGAAUAAAGUUGUGGCUUUUAUCUCAUUUCAAGGCAUAUCGUUGAAUCCAGAAGAAAAAUUACGUCUGUUAAUCCUGACUUAUAAUCCUAAAAAGAACUUUACAGGAUAUAUUCCUCGUGAUCAGAUGGACUUUGUUCAAAAAUUUCAGGUUGUCAUGAAAAAAUCAAGAGAAACCCAAAAACAAAAACAGCAGAUGCAAUCAGGUGGUUAUCCUCCACAUUCUGUAGGACAGCCUCAAAUGUACGUUAACCAACAACAACAACAACCACAACCGCAACAAUCGCUGUUGCAAAGUCAUUCCAUGAAGACUCCUGUAGGAGCACAACAGUUGUCAAGUUUAAGUACCUCACAAUCGGGUCCGAUUACAAGCACUAAGAAUAGUAUGGUUAAUAUGACGAGAUCAUCUAACUUCGAACUUGGAGCUAAUUCCUUACAUUUAAAUCAACAACGACAAGGAAAUACAAUGCAACAACAACAGCAAUCACAAGUUAGAAAUUUUCUGAAUCAACAGCAACAAUCUAAUGUUACACAGCCACCACAGCAGCAACUGCUUAAUCAACAACAACAGCAACAACAACAACAACAACAGCGUCAAUCAAUGUCUCAUCAGCAUAACUGGGCAUUACAGCAACGUUUGCAACGAAUGCAGUCUGCCCAAAAUCAAUCACAACAAUUAGCAAAUACUUUGAACUCAGCACAAAAUAGAGCGCCUUCAGAGGAUUGGUAUCCUUAG